AACUUAGACCAAGUUCCGAGCCCCGCCCCCGCCGCGCGUUUCGCUGCCUGGCCCUUCGGACCCGCUGCGGACCCCUCCCGGACAGCCGACCUGCCCGGCCCUCCCGUGCGCCAUGUCUGGUUCCUCCAGCGUCGCCGCCAUGAAGAAAGUGGUUCAGCAGCUCCGGCUGGAGGCUGGGCUCAACCGCGUGAAGGUUUCCCAGGCAGCUGCAGAUUUGAAACAGUUUUGUCUGCAAAAUGCUCAACAUGACCCCCUGCUGACUGGAGUCUCUUCAAGUACGAAUCCUUUCAGACCCCAGAAAGUCUGUUCCUUUUUGUAGUCAGGUUUUCUAAACCACUUUUCAUGAACCAGUGAAUAUUCCAAGGAGAGCUAAAUUUGAAGCCUGUAUAAAAGCCUAUCUCUGUAACACGUGCCAUACUAUACAAAACAAACUUAUACUUUUGUCAGUCCUUAACAUCUACCUCUCUGAAUUUUCAUGAAUUUCUUUUUCACAAGGGUAAUUGUUUUAUAUGCACUGGCAGCAGCAUACAAUAAAAUACUUAGUACAAA